AAUGUGUCAUCAUGUGAUGGGGAGUACUUAACCUUCCAAGAUCACAUCUUGUGCUGCUUGCCCAUAUGGCCCGGCACUUUGGUCCUACUGAUAAGCACAGUUGUAGCGACUGCAAGGAGAUGCCAUGGCUAUUGCCUUCAUUCCCCUGGUCUGUCUUGGACUGAAUCUGGUCCCCACGACCCAUAUACCAGCAGAGACUAUUGGGAAGCCCACACUCAAAGCUCAUCCAGGCUCCGUGAUAACCAGAGGCAUGCAAGUGACCAUGUCAUGUGAGGGUACCUCAAGUGCUCAGGAACACUAUCUCUGUAAAGAGGGAAGUCCAGACCCCUGUCAAAGACAAAGCCCCAUGGGGCCUGGGAAUAAGGCUGAAUUCUUCUUCCCCUCCAUUCAACAGAACCAUGCAGGGAGAUAUCACUGUUACUAUCAGACCCAUGUUGGCUGGUCAGAGAACAGUGACUCUCUGGACCUGAUGGUGACAGGACUCUACAGAAAACCACGUCUGUCAGUCCUGCCCAGUCUAGUGGUGAGAUUAGGAGGAAAUGUGACCCUCCAGUGUGUUUCACAACUGGGAUAUGAUGGCUUUGUUCUGACUAACGAAGAGUCACAGAAGUUCUCUUUGAUUCGGGAUUCACAGUACAUAUACUCUAAUGGCCAGUUCCGGGCACUGUUCUCUGUUGGUCCUGUGACCUCCAGACAGAGAAGAACAUUCAGAUGCUAUGGCUAUUACAUGAGAAAACCCCAAGUGUGGUCAGAACCUAGUGACCCUCAAGAGCUCCUGUUUUCAGGAGUGCCUGAGAUUACCAGCAAACCACAAAACUUGUCAGAAGACAAGACAGCCUCACAGUCUCAGGAUCACAAGAUGGAGAACGUCAUCCGUAUGUGCCUGUCUGGCUUGAUCCUAACAGUUCUUGGGAUUCUACUGUUUGAUGCUUGCUGCACCCAGAGAAAGAUCCCGGAUGCAGCCUACAGAUUGAUCCUGGAAUCUGGGAACCCAGUACUGUCAGGGGCCUUCUCUAAACCCACAAUCAAGGUGGUGCCAAGCAAUGUGGUAACUGUUGGGCAACAGGUGACCAUCUUCUGUGAAGGAUCCUUAGAUGCCAAAGAAUACCGUCUCCACAAAGAAGGAAGUCAAGAUUACCUGAUACCAACAACACUUCUAGAAACUGAAAACAAAGCCAAGUUCUCUAUCUCACCGAUUCAAUGGAAUCAUGCAGGUCAAUACUGGUGUUCCUGUAAAAGCCCAACUAACAUGUUUCUACAAAGUGACAUCAUGGAACUGGUGGUGACAGGGGUUAUCCAGGGCGAAGUCACACUGUCUGCCCUUCCCAGCUAUGUUGUGACUUCAGGGGGAAAUGUGACCCUUCAGUGUGCAUCACAAGUUACAUAUGAUAUGUUUAUUCUACUGAAGGAAGAUGAGAAAUUCUCCACUGUGGUGCCCUCAUGGCAAACAUACCCUACACUAUGGAGAGCCCUUUUCACAGUGGGUCCUGUGACCUCCAUCCAAAGGUGGAGGUUCAGAUGCUAUGGAUAUUACUUGAGUAACUCCCAGAUGUGGUCAAAGCCCAGUAACCAUUUAGAACUCCUGGUCUCAGGGCCCCUUCCCAAACCUGUACUCUGGGCUCAUCCAGGUUCCAUGAUAACCUCAGGGAGCCCUGUGACCAUCUGGUGUAAGGGGGACCGCAAAACCCAAACAUAUAUGCUACAUAGAGAGGGAAGCCUAGAAUUCUGGGACAGACAGUUCCAAAUGGACCACAAUAAAGCAAAACUCACCAUCCCAUCUGUGACACAUCUGAAUGCAGGGCGAUAUUCCUGUUACUCUUACACCUCUGCUGGGUGGUCAGAACCCAGUGACACCCUGGAGCUGGUGGUUACAGGAGUCUACAAAAAACCCACCAUUUCUGUCCUACAAAGUCCUGUUGUAAACUUAGGAGUGUUUGUGAACAUCUCAUGUACCUCAAAUCAGAUAUUUAACUGGUUCAUUUUAAGAAACGAUGAUCAGAAAAUCUACAGAUCCUAUGGCUUACAAUACCCAUACUCUAUGAUGUCUCUAGCCUGGUUCCAAGUGGGUCCAAUAACUUCUACACCAAUUUGGAGAUUCAGAUGCUAUGGCUAUUAUACAGAUAAUCCUCAGAUGUGGUCAGAAGCCAGUGACCCAUUGGAGUUCCUCGUCUCAGGGAACCUCCAGAAACCCACCUUGUGGUCUGAGCCAGGUUCUGUGAUCCAGUCAGGGAAUUCUGUUACUAUUUGGUGUGAGGGAACCAUGGAAACCAACACAUAUUUCCUGUAUAAAGAAGGAAACCCAUUUUCCUGGCUCAGAAAAACUCCAAAGGAGCCUGGUAACAAGGCCAUGUUCUUCAUUGCAUCCAUGGGAAAGCAUAAUGCAGGGCAAUAUCGCUGUUACUGUUACAACUUCGGUGGGUGGUCACAGCGCAGUGACACACUGGAGCUGAUGAUGACAGAUGUACAUCAUGGCAAACCUACUCUUUCAGCCUUUCCCAGUCCUAUGGUGACCUCAGGAGUUAAUGUGACCCUCCAAUGUGCCUCCUCAAAAAAAUAUGAUUGGUUCAUUCUGACUGGGCAAGAUUUGAAGUUCUCCAGGUCCCAGAAGGCACAGUUCAUACACACUGAGAAGUCCCAGGCUCUGUUCUCUGACAUCUCCAUGGCAUCUAGCAAGAAGGGACCCUUUAGAUGUUACGGAUACAAUGAAAGUACUCCAUAUGUGUGGUCAGAGGCCAGUAACCCUCUGGAGAUACAUGUUUCAGGGUUGUCAAGGAAGCCCUCCCUGCUGAACCAGCAAGGCCCUGUCCUGACUCCUGGAGACAACCUGACACUCCAGUGUUCCUCUGAGACAAGUUUUGACAGAUUUGCUUUAUCCAAAGCGGGUAGAAGUGACCUCACACAGCUCUCUGUUAGUCAGUCACAGACUGGACAAUAUCAUGCCAACUUCACCUUAGGGUCUGUGGAUUUCUCUAUUGCUGGCCAAUAUAGAUGCUAUGGUGCAUCCAGAUUUUCUUCUGAGUGGUCAGCCCCUAGUGUUCCUCAAGACAUCCUGGUCACAGGACAUCCUCAUGUCACACCCAAUCUGUCAGUGCAUCCAGGCACCAUUGUGUCCUCGGGAGAGAAUGUGACCCUUCUCUGUCAAUCAUCAAUCCCAAUGGACACUUUCUUUCUGUUCAAGGAUGGUGCUGGCUAUCCCUAUUUGCAUCAAAGAUUAAAGUUCCAAGAGCCACAAUAUGAGGCAGAAUUCUUCCUGAGUGCUGUGACCCCAGUCCUUGUGGGUAUCUAUACAUGCUUUGGUUCUCAAAGUUCGUCUCCUUACCUGUUGUCACACCCCAGUGUUCCUGUGGAGAUCAAAGUCUCAGGACUGGCAAGGUACCAGAAGUCUUUCAUAUGGGUCUCCGUGGUCUUCCUCCUACUGCUCUUUGUCCUCACCCUCUUUUUCCUAAGACUCUGGCACCAGAAGAAGCACAAGAAAGGAGUACAGACAAAGACUGACUUACAACAUCCUGAAGGAGCUGCAGAGCCAAUAAACCUGGUUGGACACCUGCAGAAGAGUUCCAGCCUAACUCCUGCCAUCCAGGAAGAAAUCUUGUAUGCUACUGUGAAGGUCACAAGGCCUGCAGACAGUGUGGAGCUAGACAUACUGGGUCUAUCAGAGACCCUACAGUUAAUUACCUGGGGAAUUGAUGCCACUGAGUUCUGGAUGUCUGUCUCUAUCCCACAAGCAGUUGGAUCCCAGAGCCAACAUGAGGAUGACAUGUCCAUACACUUGUAUGCCCAGGUGAAACCUGCUAGACUCAGAAGGGCACAGACCACCUCUUCUUCCCUGUUGCCAAAGGAGUUACAUGACUCAAAACACAGACAUAUAAACAGAGAUCAAGUCAUAGAUGAGCAGGCUGAUACAUCCCAGAAUCCUCAUGCUGUGACCUAUGCCCAGCUACACUUCAUGACACCAGUACAGGCAAGCGUCCCUCUUUCCAAGAAGAAAAUGCUGAGCUGAGACACUUCUCUGAUGUCUACCAGUCCAGGGAAAUCUAGAAUCUACAUUCUGUGGGCGAAAGAGGACUCAGCCAUGUCAGAAAAUAAAAUCUGCCUCAGGUGCACUGUUAUUGUGCAAACGUAACUGAUGUCUAGAGUAUUCUGAGUUCUUUAGGGACUCACUCAGUUCUGUAGACUGAGAUAAUUAAUAUGCCUGCCUCUUACAAAUAUAGUCAAUGCUUUGUCAGUAACUGAUACAUAAAAUGAGGAAAGAAGGAAGUUUUUGUUUUGUGUUUUCUGUUUUGUUUUUAUAUUUUUUCAGAUUAUUGUAUAAUUACAUUUUCUUCUUCCUUUCCUUCAUCUAAAUAUGCUCAAAGACUCUUGUCCACUCUCUUUCACAUUUGUGAUCUUUUUUCAUUAAUUCUUAUCACAUGUACAUAUGAAUAUGUGUAUACAAAGUUGCAAAACCUUUUAAUCUUAAUAUAUGCUUUUUGUCAAUUAUAUCUCAAUAGAGCUGAAAAUCGAA